UCGUCAUUUCCUGUGGGUCUGACGGCUAAGGGAGAAGAUGGCGGCGCUGGGAGAACCAGUGCGGUUGGAGAGAGAUAUUUGUAGAGCAAUUGAAUUGUUGGAAAAACUACAAAGGAGUGGAGAGGUGCCACCACAGAAACUUCAGGCUUUACAAAGGGUCCUUCAAAGUGAGUUCUGCAAUGCUGUGAGAGAGGUAUAUGAACAUGUCUAUGAGACUGUGGACAUCAGUAGCAGUCCUGAAGUGAGAGCUAAUGCAACUGCAAAGGCUACUGUUGCUGCAUUUGCUGCCAGUGAAGGACAUUCUCAUCCUCGAGUUGUUGAGCUACCAAAAACAGAAGAAGGCCUUGGAUUCAAUAUUAUGGGAGGCAAAGAACAAAACUCUCCAAUCUAUAUUUCUCGAAUAAUUCCAGGUGGAAUUGCUGAUAGACACGGAGGACUCAAACGAGGAGAUCAGCUCCUUUCUGUGAAUGGAGUGAGUGUUGAAGGAGAACAUCAUGAAAAAGCUGUAGAACUGCUGAAAGCUGCUCAAGGAAAGGUUAAAUUAGUUGUUCGAUAUACACCCAAAGUCUUGGAAGAAAUGGAGUCCCGCUUUGAAAAAAUGAGAUCAGCAAAACGCAGGCAACAGACCUAAUACAGUUCAAAACUUGAUAUUCCAUUUUGCUUUUUAGCUAGAGAAGUUUUACUUGUGACCUACUGAUGGCUGCAAUGCCAAUGAUUGUAAAAAACAAAAUCUUCCCAUGAAAUUCUCCUUGCCAUUUUAUAAAUGCCUAUUUUAACAUCAUUUAUGGUUCCAGAGAUGCAUACACUUUUUUCUGAAAAGAAAAAGUAAAAGGUGUUGAGAAAAAGAUGUGGGGCAGUGACAGUCAAAAUCCACAUGCACUGCCUCGAUGUCAGGUACAGGGAGGAAUCAACACAGACGUACAGACUUUAGUGUUUCACAGUCUCAUUAAAAAAAAAAAAAAAAAAGCAAAGGAUAAAUCUAGGUUUCCAUUCUGACAAAAACAAAAAUCUCACCCAGAAACUAUCCUGAGCCUCUGCAGGCUCUGGGAAGCACAGCGACUCUGGCUGGCAUCUGUCCUGCUGUUUUUACAGGCCUUUUUCAAAUACAGAUUUUGUCAUAAACUUGUUAUACAUUUUUUAAGAUGCUUUUUUAAUAUUAAGAUGUACUUUUACAUUCUUAAUCUUUUUUUAGAAAAAAAAUGUUUUCUUCAUUUGGCUGCUUGUUUAAAAGGUACUCCAGUUUCUUGGUUUUUUCUUUUUUGUUUGUUUGUUUGCUUAAUUACUCAAAUUUUUUAACAAGUGAAAUUUCUUUACCUUUGAAAUUUCCUUAAUUUCCAAGAAUUUGAACAUAACAGUCUCACUUACAGCAGUUCACACUGUCAGUGUUAACAUCACUGCUGCAUUUUGUACUUUGAACACAUACACAUAAUCAAUGAUAAAUCAUAACUCAGCACAGUGGAAGUUUUUUACUUUUAAGCAUGAUGUUUAAUGGGUAUUCAUUUAUACUGAUUGUAAAAGUAAAGUUUUUAAACACUGAAACAAUCAUUGCUAAAAUAUGUAUGCUUAAUAUUUGAGCAUUGAGGCUGGAGGACAUAAUUUGGUUGUUAGCAUUUCAUUCUUUUCUAUUUAUAUUCAACAGUACGUCAUAAAUUAUACAUAUAAAACAGGAUCAGAUUUCAUCUAUUGCAGAUUUUUAAUGCUAUUCUUAUUUACGUAUACAGUAUUUCAUAUAUUUUGGUCCUUUCACUCCUAGAGAUGAACUAAUUCUUUGGUAGGAAAUAGCAUAAGCAAGGAGGAAAAAGUGAUACCUUUUAAUUUCACUAGUCUCAAGUUGUAUGUUCUUACUAGCCCAAUUUAAAAAAUUAAUUUUAAAUAGGAAGAAAAUAGGAUAUAUUUAAGAAACAGAAAUUAUGAGGCGAGUAUUCAUAAAAAAUUUGUAGAUGCUGUCAAACUAAGAACUCAAAAUAUUUGGAUUUAGAGAUGCAGUCUUUAUGUUUCAAAUAUGACGAUGGGGAUUUUGAGAGAGACUAUUUCAUUUGUCCACUGGAUGUCACUGUUUUACCAAAAGGCAGCUAUUAGUGAACAACUGGGACUAAGGUCUUCCAAAGGCUGAAAUGACAAGAGUUGAGGUUCGUUUUCAGUUACAACUUAAAGGAACAUUUGUACUUUUAAAAGAAUUUUUAGUGACAGAUGCUAAAAAGAAGAUAAUGGAUUUAAAUAUGUAGGGAAUUUGACAUUAUUAUUGACCCUGUGUAAAAAGUGGGCAUUUUGUCAUAUUCCUUUAGGAAGAAUAGCAACGUAUGCUUUUUUCUGCAUGCAUGUUUGUGAGCAUUGUGAGUCUUAGAGGAUUAUUCCAGUCUUCAAUGAUUUUUCAGAAUAAAAGUCAAUCAGCCUUGUUAUUUAUCAUUUAGGUAUUGAACACUGGAUUGCAUGGUUGAACGUGUCUUUAAUCCACACAAAAUGUGCUUGUUAUUGAUAGGAUCAUGUUAAAUUGUGUAUUUUCAAGAUUAAUUGAUGUUUUUAAAAUGUUGAGACCAAAGUAGUAUAGAAGAGGUAUGGACUUAAUUUAAUUUAAUUGUAUAAUUAUUAGAGAUAUUUGUUACAGAGCUUUAUAUAUUAAAGAGAGUUAUUGGUGCAUAUACAAACAGUAAUAUUAUGCUAGUAUUCUUGCAUUAUAGGGUAAGUAAACCCUAAGAAAUUUUAUUUUAGUAGAGCUACAGGUGCAGUAGCUUUUAAGGAUAUAUCAGCAUUUCAUUAUAAAUUACAGCUUCCUGGUUCAAUGUCUCCACUAUUUCAGAACUUUCAGCCAAGUUAAAUCUUUUUUGGUGUUGCAGCUUAGUAAGUUAAGCUAUUUUUUUUUCUUCUACAGUAAUCCACAAUCUGUUCUUUGUGUGAGUUGGCACUUGUUUGUAAUUCUUAAAAUAAGGAUAGUCUAAAGAAACCAAAUACAGUAGUUUGGCUUGCUACUGUUGAGCAUGAGUAACAGUAAUUUGUUUUCAUUAAUGCAGUUUUUAUAGUGUAUGCCAAAAUUUUAAAUCUUGACCAUAGAAAAUACAGUGAUUCAGUGGCAAUGAUGUAUAGUAGUGGUCCAGUAUAGUGAGGAAAUGAAGGGAAUUUUCAUUUUAUAAAUGGAUGAUUCAUGAAUAAAUCUAGGCACACAUCAUGUAUUUGGAAUUUGAUCUAUAAAUUACAGAUAGAAAUUAUUCCUCUUGCCCAAUUUCCAUUUAUUUUCUUGGUAUUACAAAAUAGAUUGAUUAAGUGGUUCUCAACCUUAGCUGGAUAUUAGAAUGCCCUACAGAACUCUAAAAAAUAUUGUUACCUUAGUCUCAUUCUAUAACAGCUAAAUCAGAAUCACUCUUUAAAAAAAAAUAAAAUAAAAAGUUUUCCAAGUAGUUUUAAUAGAUACCCAGGGGUGAGAUUCACUAGUUUUCCCUAUUAUAAAAUGAUCUGGUUACACUGGACUCUUGGAAGUAUCAGAAUAGAAUCAUUCAAAUUGUAGCUCCUUAAUGAAUGAUUACAUUUCUUAGUAAUUUCUUUAGGAACAAAAAAUAUUUGGCCGUCCUUAUUUGGCAAAUAACUACAGUCUUUUUUUUUUUCCUUUAAAUAAUACCUACCAGUAGUUUAAAUGUAAACUUUUAGUGCUUAUCUUUCUGCCCCCUGUUGCCUUUAAAAUACGUAAAAAUAAGUUGUAUUAUUUGAGAAAGCAUGUUUAAAAAUUGCAGAUGAGAAAUACUGUCAUUGAUAAUUAUGUGCUGUCCUAACGUGACCACUUUAUCCAUUAGUAUAAUAGUGAUUAUAGGCUAGUUCUUUAGGAUUUGAUGAGAGUGAGUGAGUGUGUAUUUGUGUGUGUGUUUUAAAUCGUGUCCUCCUCUUCUGUAUUUUUUUGCUCAAGUAUUUAAGUAAUUUGGCUCAAAUACUUUGUUUACAAUUAAAGUGGAUAUUAUAGCAUUUAAUAGAAGAAAUGGUUAUGGCUUAUCUGAAAAGAAUGUUAGCAUGCCUUGGUGUAGAUGUAAAAGAAUACCUGUUGUGAAUAUUUUAUAAUGUGGAAUGAUCAUUGAAAUAUCAAGAACUCUAGUAAUUACAUUUCCUGAAUAAAUGUAUGUUUAUGAAUUUUCUAACUUACAUUCUGUUGUCGCCUGUGUCAACAGUCUGGUUUUAUAAUUUUUAUUAUCUAAAAUUCACUAGUAGUGUAUCUUCAAAGGCUGUUGCAGUUACGGUUAAAUAGUGAAAAACAAAUCACUUAAUUAUUAAUUUUUAAGAACUUUCAAACUAAUUUGUAUAUGGAUAUGGUUUUUAAAAAUACUGGCAAAUGUUAUGCUUCUACUUUUUUAGUUUGUGAUAAAUAUAUCCCAAAUGAAUGUAAAAUAACACUUUUCAGUACAUGACUUCAUUUAUCAAUGUAAUUCUGAUUUUAAGGCUUAUUUAAAUAAAUUUGUAUAAGCUA